AUGUUCUGUAUAACAGAUAUUUCGAUUAAGUUAAACUACUAUCUUAUAAAAUUUUUAUUUAUUUUUUUUCAACCUAAAAUUAAUACCUUUUCCUUUUUUUGGGUUUACUUUAGAAUUCUGGCCACAUUUUUUCCAAAAAAUAUAGAUUAA